AUGGUCAUGCAGUCAUUUGCUAUUGGGGUGGAGUACAACUUCAAGACAGAUGCCUCCAACCUGAUACAGAACAACACCCUGGCCACUCUGUACGAGAGGAAUGCAGAGGCCCUCGGGGUGACAAACUGUCCGGACAAGUCCGUAACGGGCGCCAUUUCCGGCUCGACGGACAUGGGGAACGUCACGCAUGUCGUACCCGGUAUCCACCCGAUGUUCGCUCUACCGACAGACGCUUCUAUUCACUCACGCCACUUUACAGAGGAAGCUGGUAAGCGAGAGGCCCAGCCCUACGCCCUGAACCAGGCUAAGGCCCUGGCCAUGACGGCCAUCGAUGUCAUCUGUCAAUCACAGCUGAUGGACACCAUCAGGGAGGAGUUUAAACAAGACUUGGCCAAUGAUUAGAUUCCAUCAGGAAAUCAACCAAAUGUCUAGAGUACUCACAUUGCAUUCAGUAGACUGAUGGUUCAAACCUCAGUAUGGUUAUAUGUACCAAGUAGGGGUUGGUACCGGUACGGUGUACUGGUACAAAACCGUGUUUUUCUUCUUGGAAUGGUCCAGAAAAAAACGGACCUGAAAAAAUUGGUGGAUCGGAUGUUGGACCAAUUCAGGUCCGGACCUGGACCUGAUCCUCUGGACCUGAACCGUACCUGAACCUGAAUGUUGUGUACUGGUACCCAACCCUAGUACCAAGUAUUACAGACUUUAA